GCUCGCUCAUUGCACUCGUCUCUCUCGGGCUCUCCCUCUUCCCACAUCGAGGCUGUUCUCUCUCUCCUGUCUCCCUCCUUCCUCGUCUGUCGCAUUUCAGUGAGAGUGCUAGUGGAGAGAGACCCCGGGGGUCGAAGGUUCUGCCCUGCCCGCCGCGACCUCAACCCCUCACGGCUUCCGAAAUAUCCGAUGACCGUCGUCUUUGACACAUCAGCGGACAACCCCCGAGCGGUUCUGGGCCAAAAGAGAAGAUCCAAGCCUUGGGAAUAAAUGAUGCUUGUUCACCGGAUCUGCACUGUACCGUUGUGACCUGCUCAUGCCCCAUCCAGAGGUGCCAUGGCUCGAAGAAUAUCCUCCCAGGGGAAGGUCACCAUCUCCGUGGAUGAGUACAGCUCCAACCCGACCCAGGCCUUCACCCACUACAACAUUAACCAAAGCCGCUUCCAGCCCCCUCACGUCCACAUGGUAGAGCCACUUCCCUACGAUGCGCCGAAGCCCGUGGGCCAUACACGUUUCGUCUGCGUUUCAGACACGCACUCGAGGACAGAUGGAAUCCAGAUGCCUUUCGGCGAUGUGUUGCUUCACACGGGUGACUUCACUGAACUCGGCCUACCGUCUGAAGUCAAGAAGUUUAAUGACUGGUUAGGCAGUCUUCCCUACGAGUACAAAGUUGUCAUCGCUGGAAAUCACGAACUUACCUUCGAUAAAGAUUUUAUGUCAGAACUCAUAAAGCAGGAUUACUACCGUUUCCCCUCAGUGUCCAAACUGAGGACUGAGGACUUUGACGACGUUCAGUCCCUCCUUACAAACUGUGUGUACUUACAGGACUCUGAGGUCACCAUUAAAGGAUUCAGGAUAUACGGGACACCAUGGACCCCGUGGUUUAACGGAUGGGGCUUUAACUUACCUCGUGGCCAGUCUCUCCUCGAUAAGUGGAACCAGAUCCCCGAAGACGUAGAUAUUCUUAUGACACAUGGGCCUCCUCUGGGGUUCAGAGAUUGGGUUCCCAAAGAACUUCAGAGAGUUGGCUGCGUGGAGCUACUCAACACAGUACAAAAGAGGGUCCGACCCAAACUCCACGCAUAUGGGGGAAUCCAUGAAGGGUAUGGCAUAAUGACAGAUGGCUAUACAACAUUUAUCAACUCCUCCACAUGUACAGUCAGCUUCCAGCCUACCAAUCCACCAAUCAUAUUUGAUCUCCCCAACCCAGGAAACUCCUGAGACUCGUUAAGCCCCGCCCUCUUUUCCCAUUUUUUCUAACUUUUCCUUACUUAAAAGUAAUAGUCUUUUUGUACUGCUUGUAUUUAAAAAUGCAUGGAAAUGAACUAUUUUUUAACGUCGGAUUGAAGCCGACACCAUUUGAAUGACUAUUGUAGGCAAAGAAUAAGUCGUGAAAUCAUAUUUGUAAUUUGUUUGCAUCGAUUGCCUUCUGUUUGUUCUUUUUUAUGGGUCAGGAUCUUAAAAAGUGCAUUAUAAGGUACUCCUAAAAGCGUCAGCAAUACUUGACCAUGUCUGAUUUAAUAUUAAUUGUGCUUUGUAAAUUUAAUAUAAAGUUAUUUAAAGUCAUGAACUCUUUAUGUGGUGUAUUCAAUUUUGAAUUUAAAUGGGUCCAGUGGGUCUGAUAUUUAUUGCUCCAAUCAGACUUCGCUCUUUUUUCAUCGAGAAGAAACAUUUUUAUCUACCAGGCCAUUAAACACCAUAAGACAAGCAUUUUUCACCGUUUGUCAAAAGAUGGAAGCGAUUAUGUGUUGUAAAUUGAAUUUCACAUUAUCGCUGUGCUGCUUUUGUCUUAAUAAUUAUAGUUUAGAAGAGGCUGAAUGUGCAAAUUCUUCAGAUCAUCAAGAUACCUGCAUUUAGCAUGUAUUAAAAGUGGAUGAGAGCUUUCAAUUUGAUUGGUUCUGCCUCAGGAGAUCUACAGCGAUAAAUUGGCUAUCUCUCUUUAAAGAUUUAAACACAAUUGUUUAUCCUAGAUUUGCAAUACCUUCAUAUUCUAUUGGUUUCAAAACUGGAAAUUACAACACUAAGCCAUUUAAUUUCUCCUCGUCUCCAUUUUUAGUUGUUGUAAUAAUGUGUGUUGUAUAUUUCACUGUGGAUCUGCAAUCUUGUGAGCACAAAAAAGUUUUUUCUGUAAUUUCUGCUAUUGUAAAUGCUUUCUUUAUAUGUUUGUGACUUUUUUUAUCCAUUGUGACAUUUAGCCAAGUUUAUAUGCAAAUAAAACUGCAAGAUUUUUA